CCCGGAUAGGCAGGGAAGGGCUUCGGCUGCGGGCGGACAACUCCGGCUGGCGGCGGGUGUUUCAGCAAACAUCCGGAAUGAAUGUCUCGGACGGUUAGACGCGCUUUUCUCACGCGGAUUUGACUCUGCCCAGAUGGCCCAGAUAGCUCUCAUAUACUCCGGCUAUCUGCUCGUUCUCCUUGAAAGAGAGAAAGAGUGCUAUCAUAGAAAAAGCAUCCUUCACCAGAAGUCACCUCCACCUUCACCUACCGGCACACAACCUCAUACCUAAGUUGCUCUCCACAACUCAAGACUACGCAGACACACACACUCACAAUGACCACAAUCGACCCCUGCAAACCAUCCCUCACAUCCAACGACUCAGCCGUCCUGCAAGCCCUCUUUGAUGCAGAGUCCUCUCCCUCCUCCGCUCUCGCCAUCGACGCGACCCUUCCCACAUUACCAGCCCACCUCAACGUCUCGCCAGAGAAGCAUGAAUCCCUCAAGUCAGCCGAGCUGGAGAUCAUCCGCUCGCUCCAACAACCAGAGCCCUCGCUCUCCACCGUCCAGAAAGCCAUCACCGACCUGGACCUCCUCAUCACCGACGCACCCACCUAUCCCUCCGCCUACAUGAACCGGGCCCAAGCCCGCCGUCUCCUGAUCGACCUCACCCUUAUCCCAUCCUCCUCCUCGCCGCCCUCCUCGAGCAUCCAAGAUCCAGAGACAGACACAGACACAGACACCAAGCUCUUCGCACCCGUCAACCGAGCCCGCGCCUCCGCCCUCCUCGCCGACCUCACCCAGGCCAUCCAGCUCGCCAGCCCGCGCUCCCCCGCCGAUCCCGUCUCCCCAGGCCAAGCACGCAUCCUGGCAGACGCAUACACACAUCGGGGGUAUCUCCUGUUGAAAGCCGCGAGAUUCCGAUCCUCCCACGGAGAAGGCGGUCCGGAGCGGUUGGACGGGCUGGGGGCACAGCAGCUGGAGGAGAUGGCGAGCGGGGAUUUCUUCCUGGGGGGUCGGUUCGGGAACAAGGUCGCGCAGCAGCUGGCGGUGCAGACGAAUCCGUAUGCGAAGAUGUGUGGAGCGAUUGUGAAGGAGGCGCUGCGGAAGGAGGUUGCGGCGGGGUCGGUGAUGGAUUGGUGAGGAUCAGGCCAUAUUGCAUCGAGGCUGAAUCUCGGGGUCUAUACUUCAUGCAUUAUUGUAAAUAAAAACAAUGUGAUCUCAUUCCUCAGCUUAUCAUGCCAUUGCUGUCCUUGAACACAGGUAUAUGUAGAGUGAGACGCCG